AUGUCCACAAUCAAGACAGAAAACAAUGAGCAGUCUUCCUGCACUAUACUUGGACCAACCCACUCGCUCAUGUCGGAGAACCGAGAGCCUUCACACAAUGCUUCUUCGAUCCUAGCCAACGAAGUGGAAGAUGGGAGGCCCUGCAAUCGAGCACUCAGUCUUGGGUUACCACCUCCUCACAUUGCCAGCAACUGUGCUCAUAACAACUAUCUUCGUGAUGCCAGACUAGCCGAUUUCUUUUCACCACACUCACGCGGUGGACAGCCUCCUGUCUACCAUCAUACCAUGAACGGACAAGAGCAAAAUCGCAGCCCGUCGGUGCAUCAGCAUGGCCACAACACAUUGCAGAACACGGUCGAUAGAAUGGUUCCAGAGAUAGUCAAUCUCAAGAAGAACCUCAAUACUUUCACCCAAAACGCCAACAACUUCGCGCUCAUCCAGUCACAACUGUUCAAUUCAUUGAAUACACGCCUCGUCAAAGCCGAAUAUGAGCGGGACCGUCUCCGUGCAACCCUCUCUCAGUACCAGCACCAGCACCAGUUGGGCAGUCGCAUGAAUACACCCCAAGCUGCUCACGAGUUUGGCAGUCGUAUGACCACGCCAAAAGCCGCUCCCGAGUCUGACGGUGGUGCUUCCCAGUUCCAUGACGACGGCGGCGAAGACGCACACAUGCCCAGCCCAGUCACUCCCUGCAAGCCACCUCAAGACAUCGAGCACUACUACAGCAGCCCCAUUCAACGCAACACCAGCGAAACCCCCUUCGGCUCCAAGCUCACCGGCACCAAGAACCAGAAAAGGGAGCAAACCAAGGCUCGUAAAGACUUGAAAAUCAAAGUCCCCGGUCAAACCCCCAUAGUAGGCAACCUGACCGCAGGUGUCCACCACUCCACUACUACCGCCAGCAACAGCACUACGACUACAGCCCUCACCUCCCCCCUAACCCCCGGCCGGAUCGGCCCCCCAAUCACCCACCCCCUCCGCGCCACGACCAUAAUCUCCAAGCGCAAAAUCCACAACCUAGAAAAGCUCCUCCCAGCCUCAACCGCCCUGAUCCCGCUCAUGCCCCUAACCGACACGGAAAUCAUCGUCUACUUCUUCCAAUCGCUCGCGCGCCCCAUUGUCUCCCUGCGGCUGUACGCGCGCAACUGGGGGCCGUCCAACAUCUGCGACACGCUGAAUGCGCACCGCGCCAUCGAGGGCGGCUACCUGCGCAACACGGCGAGCGUCAAGUGCACGACGGCGAUUAAGCGGGGCAAGGAAAAGUUCGGCGAGGCCUGGGCUGACGACCUGCGCGACGUGUUUGCCCAUGCCGAUGAUAUCCACGCCACCGAUUUGAUCCAGUUGACGGCCGACGAGAGGGCUGUUGCGACGGAUUUCAAGAUUACCGAUUUGAGUAGGGAGUUGAAGAUGCAUCCGCAGGCGGGCGUCGAUGGAGGCGUGUUUACCGAGUGUGUGAGGUGGUGUGUGGAGAGGAGGGCGGGGUAUACGCUGGCGAAUGUGCAUGAGUUGGCGUUGGCGUUGAGGAGGGGGGAGGAGCCGGUUUUGGUCGAGGAGAGUGAGGGAGACGAGGAGGAUGCGUGA